AUGAUUGUCUCUUGUUGUGUUUCAGAGGCGGAGGCCCGCGUGACUUUGGGAACCCGUCCUCUGUGUUCAGAACCAGAACUGGGUCAGCUGUGGUUCAACGCCCAGAGCCGAGGCCUCUUCAUCUGUGACGGAGGAAGCUGGAGGACGCUGCUGCACCAUCGGGAGCGCCUGGACUACGUAGAGGACCACCAGGACCUUUACACCAGCUCAGAGACGUUCGACGUGGAGGUGUUCUCCAUCCCGUCUGAAGGCCUCUUCCUGGCUGCAGCCAACAGGGACUCCCGGCCCGGAUCCGGUCUCUACAAGUGGAGCAACGGGUCCUUUGUUCUCUAUCAGAACAUCAGCACUCAGGAGGCUCGGGCCUGGAAACACUUCACUAUCGACGGGAAG